GAUUCUGUUUUCUUCAAGGUUGUGUCUUCCUGGUCGAAUGUACUUAUUGUAAGUCGCUUUGGACAAAAGCGUCAGCUAAAUGCAAUGUAAUGUAAUAUUUUGCAAAGCACUGGAGGUAGGGCCACAUGAAGAGACAUUUUCCAAGUUUUAGAUGAGUACAUCAUCUCAAAUGGACUUGACUGGUCUCGUUGUUUGGGUGUGUGUUCAGAUCUAUGGUUCAGAUGGGGCAGUGGGGCUAUGACAGGCAAAAAAAGCGGAGUGACAGCUUUGAUCAGGCAGGCCCUAAAUGUAGUGGCAACGCACUGCAUCGCUCCAUCGCGAGGCAAACAAUUGCAACAGGGGGGUCCCCGCCAGAGGGUAAUGCUAUAUGGGGGUCCUUGGCAUGGCAAAGUUUGGGAACCCCUGAAAUGACAGUUAGAACAAUUUGUCCCUGACAUCACACUGAAGAAUCCUCAACCAGGGCCGGAGGAUUUAUUAAAUACUGAGGUCACAAGUCAGUCACUGUUGAACAGUGCUAAAUUAUGACCAGAUUUAGUCUAUAAACAUUAUUUUCAACCAUUUAAAACAUACAUAGGCUAAAAUAUACUAAAAAAGACAAAAGUAAAUUAAGAAGUGAUUAUGUGAAAACAUAGGCUACAAUUCAACAUCUCUGCCAUGAAUUUGACUGAGCUAUUGUUGUUGUUGACACUGUGAAAAAGGUAAUAUUUGUAAUUUGGGUGGACAAAAUGUUAAAACAUCUCUCAAUAUAAAGCUACAAAACCACUGAAAACUACCUCAGUGAUAAAGGUAUGGUUAAAUAUUUAACAAUAGUAAUCUGAAUAUGUACUAUUAUGUGUUGUUUUAAAUUACAUAAGGUUGUACAAGUGUACCUAAUGGAGUGGUGAGUGCAAAUAAACAGUAUAUAGCUAUUCAUACUUAAAGUUCCCCCCAACACAUGAUUUAAAAGUGCAAACAGAGUACAUCAUUCUGCACAGUGAAGGUCAAAGUGAAGAACCUUCAAGUAAAAUACAUAUCCGAGUGGAGGGGGGCUGUAAGUAAAAUAUGUUAUGAUGGAAAUAGAGGAUAUUGUGAACCCUCUUUUUAAUGUCACACAGUGAAAUUACAGCGCCACAGCUUCCAAAGAUGAAUUUUUCUUUAUGUAUUUAUUUAUUUAUUCUUUAUGUAUUUAUUGUUUAUUGUUAUCGGGAUGUUAAGAGCAUUCCAUGGAAUAUAACAAAAAGUGUUUCUGAAGUGAAUUACCUACCCAAACUUUAAUGGGACAGUUUCAUGACACAACAUCAUUUGCAGGGAGAUCCACAUUGAUUGAGAGCUCCAUAUGCAGUUUCCAAAACACAAAGUACAAGUCAUAACAAAUGAGAAAAAGGAGGUACUAUUUGUAUUGCACAGGGGCUUUAAUGGUGUUUUAGGCGUUCUGUCUUGUUUUGUCCAGCCUCAUCCGUCAACAUUUAACACUCACCUGUCCAUGCUGCAGUACCUCUCCAGAGAUGAGUGAUGUGAACAGUCCACCUGCCGGUCGGACUCUAAAGAAAGCCUGUGUGGACUGUAAGCACGUACACCACCUCUCUCAUUCAACUCCUGUCCUACAGCUGCUGUUAUUAGAGGAUCGGACAGAUCAGAUAACAAACAGGUAUAGGCUAUAUAAGAGAAGCACUCUGAAGCUCGGGAGGCUGAGUGACAGAAAAACUCAGAAGAAAUUGUCUUUAUUUUACCUUUCUACGUUUUCUCAAACGCACCUCAAUGUGUAAGGGACUUUCCUCCCUGCCCUCCUCAUGCCUGGAGAGGGCAAAAGACUUGCGGGUGAAGUUAAGCCAUCUGACUGAGACGCACCACAAGCUAAAGGGUCAGGAUGGAAGAGUUCCCCAUGACCUGGAGACUCUGCUGAAAAACAGAAGCGCUCUGCAGGCGUUUCGUGGGUUCCUGCGCUCAGAGUUCAGUGAGGAGAACCUGGAGUUCUGGCUGGCCUGUCAGGAGUACAGAGUUUCUCCUUCUAACGUGCAAAAGAUAAAGUCCAGCAGCAUCUACAACCAGUUUAUCAACCCUGACGCCCCACAGGAGGUAAACUUGGACGCUGAGACUCGGGAGGCUCUGCUUGGAGUGACGGACUCUCCGUGUGCCGACACAUUCGAUGAGGCACAGCAGAGAAUCUACAAUCUGAUGGCCAAAGACUCCUUCCCCAGGUUCCUGCGCUCCAAUCACGCCAUUAAAGCUUACUAGACUUGCACUGUACUUACUACAGAUCUGCUUUAGAAAUAAGUGCUGGUGAAUCUGUGCUGCUUAAUUGGGUUUUACUAACCCUUUUCACAACUACCUUGUUAUGUGAUUGUUUUUCGUAUGGUAGUGCUGUCCUUGUGCACCAAAUGCAUAAUGCAUUCUGUCAUUGGUAUGUUUCUGAGUGGUAGUUGUAAAGCAUAGAAACCUUAACUAAAAGCAUACAUAUAGCGAGCUGCAUGAGUUAGAAGCGACAUCCAUAAUGGAUUCAAAUAAAAUAAAAAACCUCAUAAAAGACA